GAGAUUGUGUUCCUCAACUCCUGCGCGCUGCGUUCUCUCUCUCUGCAACCACUCAAUCAAUCAACAAAGCUCCAUUUCCAACUAAAUUCUCUCUUUGUUUCUUCACUUCCCACAAAUAUCAAACAUAAACAAAAUGCAAGCAAUAAUCAUUUGCAGCACUUCGACGAUUCCGCCUCUCAAAUCCCUCACAUUGACCUCCAAUCUCUUCUCCGGCAAACACCUCCCGUUUCUCGGCCGCCGCAAGCUCUGCUGCGACGUCGUAUCUCGUCUCCCCGUUCCUCCUGCUCCCCGUAGCGACGAGAAAAACCACCUUGAAGUCGUCCAGCAAAAUUUCCUGCCGGAAAAUUUCCCCCAAACGACGCGCCGAACCUUUUUUGCCCGCUUGCUGAUGUGUUGUAGCUAUGGCUAUCUUCUUUCCUCAAGGUACUGUCCAGAAGCAUUUGCAUUGGGAGAUCCAUCAGUGACAGUUGAACAAGUGACACCUACUGUUUUCCCUGCUGGGGCACUUUUCCCAUCCGAGGAAAGAAUUGUCAAACUUUUUGAGAAGAAUACUUAUUCUGUUGUCAACAUAUUUGACGUAACUUUGCGGCCGCAGCUUAAUAUUACUGGCGUGGUCGAGGUUCCUGAAGGAAAUGGUUCAGGAGUUGUCUGGGAUGAUCAGGGUCAUAUUGUGACAAAUUAUCAUGUUAUCGGAAAUUCUCUUUCAAGAAAGCCUAGCACAGGUCAAGUUGUUGCUCGUGUUAAUAUCCUCGCUUCUGAAGGAAUACAGAAGAACUUUGAGGGUAAGUUAAUUGGUGCUGAUCGUGCAAAGGAUCUUGCUGUAUUGAAGGUUGAAGCUCCAAAGGAGCUGUUGAGGCCUAUUAAUGUUGGUUCGUCACUGUCUCUUAAAGUGGGUCAGCAGUGCUUAGCAAUUGGAAAUCCGUUUGGCUUUGAUCACACCCUCACAGCUGGCGUCAUUAGUGGUUUGAACAGAGACAUAAACAGUCAAACUGGAGUUACCAUAGGUGGAGGUAUUCAGACCGAUGCUGCUAUCAAUCCUGGAAACAGUGGUGGUCCUUUAUUGGAUUCUAAAGGAAAUUUGAUUGGGAUCAACACUGCAAUAUUUACUCAGACAGGUACGUCCGCUGGUGUUGGCUUUGCGAUCCCUUCAUCAACUGUGGUCAAGAUAGUCCCUCAGCUGAUCCAGUUUGGUAAAGUUGUUCGAGCUGGUUUGAAUGUUGAAAUUGCACCUGAUCUUAUUGCAAACCAACUCAAUGUUCGAAAGGGGGCUCUAAUUUUGCAGGUUCCCAAAGAUAGUUUAGCAGCUAAGGCCGGGCUUCUACCAACCACAAGAGGUUUCGCUGGUAAUAUAGUACUCGGUGAUAUAAUCCUGGCUGUGAAUGACAAACCCGUAAGCCCCUUCUUGCUUCAUUCACUUAUUGAUUCCUUUCAUGUACUAGUAAUGAAUGAUAUCUGCAUCUCAAAUCAAGACUUACUAAACAUACUUCAAAUUGAUUCUUUCCCUAGAAAAAGCCUCAUAUGUUACUUCUUGCAUUCAAAAGCGACCUGUGCUAUACAGUAUUCGUAUUUGCUAAAUUCUUGUGCCGGUUGGCGUUGUGAUGAUUUGGGUACAGAUAAAGAACAGGGGAGAAUUAUUCAAAACAUUGGAUGAGUAUAAUUUAGGGGAAAAAGUAGUGCUAAAAAUCCAGAGAGGCAAUGACAACUUGGAGGUGCCCUUUGUUUUGGAGGAAACUAAGGAAUGAUUUGGGCCCUUAAUCUUCUUCACUACAGCAAACCCAUUGUUGGUGGAGUUAGCAUUUUCCAUUUUUAAUUUGUGUUUUUUUUUUCUUUUCUUGUAUUUGUUGAGUAUAUAAUUGCAUUCUUGGUAAAUACUUGCACUCCCUUUUGAUCUGAAAUUAGAAUUUGAUGUUCGAAUUA